GUUUGUCCCCAGAAUGAAGUUUUCAGGCUUGCUUCUUCCUGCUGAAAUGCCUUGACCUCUUUAAACUGGGUGGGCAGGCCUCAUAGCACAGUUCUUUAUGAGCAAAAACCGCACCUUGCCAACAAAAAACAUCUUUACUCCCAAGUAAAAAAAGGGCAGCGCUUCUAUCCGAACAGCUCAUUCUAGAGACGACGCUGGCUUGCGAGAUGCUGCUGGUCUUGUAUCGCGUUUUAUACAAUCUGCCUGAAGGGACGGGGCGGAGAAAGGGCGGCACAAGCGCCGCGCUCUAGCAAACCAGAAGGGUUUUGUCCCCUUCGGCCGCCUGUACAAACCCCGGAAGUGUUGCUCCUCCCCGUUUCCCCACCUCCUGCCGGCGAUGCCCGGCUUUAGUUCGGUCCCAAAAUGGCGAAGCUGCUGAGCUGCAUUUUGGGCCCGCGGCUCUAUCGGGUUUAUCGGGAGCGAGGAUCGCGUCGUUCCAGGCCGGAGGCCAUCGCGUCUUCCCAAGGCGCUCUUGAACCUUCUUGGGAGUCAUAUUACCAGCCCCGGACUCUUGAAAAACAUGCCGACAGCAUCCUUGCACUGGCUUCUGUACUGUGGUCCAUUUCCUAUUACUCCUCCCCGUUUGCUGCAUUUUACCUAUACAGAAAAGGUUAUUUAACAAUGUCGAAGGUUGUCGCAAUCUCUCACUACGCCGGGACUAUGCUGUUGUUAUUGGCUGGGAUUGCCUGUCUUAGAGGCAUUGGUCGCUGGACUAAUCCUCAGUACAUUCAGUUCAUCUCUAUUCUUGAGGACGCACACCGAUAUGGCAAACCUGAAAACAAGAAGAAGCUUUGCAGUUACAAUUUUGACUUCAGAAGUUGGCCCGUGGACUUCCGGUGGGACGAGGCUACAAGCCGGUCAGAUUCCCGCAACGUUCCCCUAUUGCGGGCAGAACCAAAGCACCGAAGUGCAGUCAACAGUUUCCUGCAUACAAUCAAGAAGUUACCUUGCCAGAUUGCCAGCUACAUAGUGGCUCACACCAUUGGUCGGCGCAUGCUGUAUCCAGGCUCCGUGUAUCUGCUGCAGAAAGCCCUUAUGCCCAUGUUGGUUCAAGGACAGGCCCGACUGGUGGAGGAAUACCAGGGGAAACGAGCCAAGCUCGCCGCUUGCGAUGGCAAUGAAAUCGACACCAUGUUCAUGGACCGGAGGGAUACUUCGGAGCCCCAAGGCAAAAAGCUGGUGAUUUGCUGUGAAGGCAAUGCAGGAUUCUAUGAAGUUGGCUGCCUGUCCACCCCGUUGGACGCUGGAUAUUCUGUGCUGGGAUGGAACCAUCCGGGUUUUGCAGGCAGCACGGGAGCGCCGCUACCGCAGAAUGAGGCCAAUGCUAUGGACGUGGUGAUGCAGUAUGCCCUCCACAACCUGGGUUUCCUCCCAGAAGAUAUCAUCCUCUAUGCCUGGUCCAUCGGGGGCUUUACAGCCACUUGGGCAGCCAUGUCAUACCAAGAUGUCAGUGCCCUUAUUUUGGAUGCCUCCUUUGACGACCUCGUUCCUCUUGCCCUCAAGGUCAUGCCGGAAAGCUGGAGGGGUUUGGUUACCAGGACAGUGAGACUGUAUUUGAACCUUAACAAUGGAGAACAGCUUUGCAAGUACCAGGGGCCUGUGUUACUGGUGCGCAGAACCAAAGAUGAGAUCAUUACCACAACGGGUCCUGAAGAUAUAAUGUCCAACAGAGGGAAUGACUUGCUUCUGAAGUUACUACAGUUCAGGUAUCCCAAAGUCAUGGCUGAGGAAGGGGUGAGAGUUGUUCGGGAGUGGCUGGAAGCUUCCACCCCCAUGGAGGAAGCCUCCAUUUACAGCCACUAUGAGGUGGAAGAUGACUGGUGCCUGUCCGUGUUGACGUCCUACGAGGCCGAGCAUGGCGGUUCCUUUCCCUGGACUGUCGGGGAUGACAUGACUGCAGAAGGGAGACGGCAGCUUGCACUAUUCCUGGCCCGGAAGCACCUCCAGAACUUUGAAGCAACCCACUGCGCUCCACUUCCUCCCCAAGACUUUCACCUCCCGUGGCAUUUAUAGCAUUACUGCCCCCCCCCUCCCUGCUGCACUCAUGACUUUCUGUAUUGGCAUUGACGUCUUUCCUUCUGGCUAGUGAAUUUGCUUUCCUUGCGUGUGUGUGAUUGUAUGUCCGACUGUCACCUCUUCCACUCCCAGCUGCACGCUGUAAAUCUGCAUCCUCUCCCCUGUAAUAUUUAUCCUCUAAUCCCAGGAGCCCCUCCCCCAUAAUUGUAGGGGGUUCCAAAUAAAAGAUGGUAUUUUUUAUACUUUCA